AAAAAGGAAAAAACAAAUUGUUGAGCACUCUGUCUGAAGUAAGUAAGAACUAAGAACCCUAGUUCGUUCGCCGCACCCCCAAACUCAUUGUGUUUGUUUGUAUACUGGUGGCUGAUUCACACACAAGUUGCAAAAGAGAUGCAGAUUCAUGUGAAGUGCAAUUGCAACGAAGGAAACUGCGAAGAAUGGGGAAUAGUUGAAUUGCAAGGUGUUGUUGAAUCACAACCUGGUUUUCAAGAUUCCCUUGCAAAUCUUCAAAUCGGUACUCUCUGUCGUCCUUCAAAUCAGGAACAAGUGUACACUUUAACUAUUGGAUACCAUGAACUACAAGGGUCAAAAGUUUCCUUGAAGAAACCGUUGGUGGUGCUCAAGAAAGUUAAGCUUACUUGCGGCGAGGUUGAGUUACAGGUUGUUGGAAUUGUUAGACAUAAGAUUCUGUUCAAGACCAGGCCAAAGGCCAUCAUUUCUAAGCCACAGAUAACAUCUAAAGAAAAACAAAAGUCUAUCAUGUUAGGCUCUGCUGCUUCAAAUCAAGCUGUGUGACAUUCACCAUCAUUGUUAUUCAAUGUACUCAAGUUGAACCACAAAUUUAGAGAAGUUCAAGGAAACACAUCCCUUCUACACUCAAGAAAAAAUUAUGCAGUGUUCAUGUGUCAUUCAUACAUACUUGUAAUCUUAGCAAUCACAUGUGGAGCACGAUUAAUGGCAGAAGUGACUGUAGUUUAUGAUUAAGAAGUGUUUCAUGUGUCAUUAUCUUAAUAUCGAUCUGUUUUGGCCAAACUUCUAAUAGCAUUGACGAAGGAAAGUGCAGGGGGACUGGAAAAUGAAUAUAUUUGGUUUUUUUGGUAGGAUUUUUUUUUUUUUUUUUGACAAUAUUUGUUUUAGUGAACAUUAAUUCAACAGGAAUAUUUGUGAAAAAUGCAACUUUUAUUACAAGAAUGAAACUUGACUUUUGGUCUGUAAUGUAUGAUUAAGAGAUGUUUGAUAUGUCAUUAUACUAAUAUACUCCUAAUAGCAUGUAUGAUACUAUGUCAUUAUAUGUUUUGGUGUAAA